AUGAGGCUGUUGAGCUAUUUAACUAUUUUAGCAGUGAUUUUGGCAUUUGCCUUGGCGGAAGAAGAAAUUGUUGAAAAAUCAGAGGAAUCUACUAAUGUUGCGGUAGAACCUUUAGCAUUAAUUGAUUUAGAUGCUAAUGUAAAGGAUGAUGGUGAUUCGGAGCGUAAAACUAGACAAUUCCGUACAUUUGGUUUUGGUCGUCCAUAUUAUGGUGGUGGUUUCUAUAGACCGAGACCAUAUUAUGGUGGUGGUUUCUAUAGACCCAGACCCUACUAUGGCGGAGGUUUCUAUAGACCUAGACCCUACUACGGCGGUGGCUUCUAUGGCCCUAGGCCAUAUUAUGGCGGCGGCUAUGGGGGUUUCUAUGGUUAAUUAAGUUCUGGAGUAAUAAAUUGUGAUGUUAUUUUUAAGUAUUUAUG